AUGCAGCGGCACAGCAGCACAUAUGUUGUCAAAAGAGAUGGACGCAAAGAAACCGUACAUUUCGACAAGAUCACAGCACGGAUCCAGAAACUCGCGUACAACCUUAACAUGGACUAUGUUGAUCCAGUUCUUGUGGCUAUGAAAGUUAUUGGAGGUCUGUAUAAAGGAGUGUCCACUGUUGAGUUAGACAAUCUCGCAGCUGAAACUGCUGCUUCAAUGACCACACAACAUCCGGACUACGCCAUUCUUGCUGCGCGAAUCGCAGUAUCAAACUUGCACAAGAAAACGGGAAAGGUGUUCUCUGAGGUUAUGAAGAAGCUUUACGAGUUCCGUCAUCCUUCAACCGGUGAACAUUCUCCUAUGAUUAGUAAGACAACGUACGACAUCGUCAUGAAGAAUGCGGAUAGACUGAACUCCGCUAUAGUAUACGAUCGCGACUUUUCAUACACUUACUUUGGGUUCAAAACACUGGAACGAUCCUAUCUUCUCAAGAUCAAUAAAGAUGUUGCUGAAAGACCUCAGCAUAUGCUUAUGCGGGUUGCCAUCGGUAUUCAUGGUGAGGAUAUCGAUGCCGCAGUCGAGACAUAUAACCUCAUGAGUGAGCGUUACUUCACUCAUGCCUCUCCAACGUUGUUCAACGCUGGAACCAAAUGGCCGCAACUUUCCUCGUGCUUUCUUCUUACUAUGAGUGAGGACUCCAUCGCUGGGAUUUAUGACACACUCAAACAGUGUGCCUUGAUCUCGAAGAGUGCUGGAGGAAUUGGAUUGAACGUGCACAAAAUUCGUGCUACUGGAUCGUUGAUAGCUGGGACGAACGGUACGUCAAACGGCUUAAUACCAAUGUUGCGUGUUUACAACAACACCGCUCGCUACGUGGACCAAGGUGGCAACAAGCGACCCGGCGCAUUCGCUAUCUACUUAGAACCAUGGCACGCGGAUAUUUUUGAAUUUGUGGCACUGAAGAAGAACACUGGACCUGAAGAGGAACGUGCUCGUGACCUCUUCUAUGCGCUAUGGAUACCAGAUUUGUUCAUGAAAAGAGUGGAACGCGACCAAGAUUGGUCACUUAUGUGUCCUCAUGAAUGUCCAGGGCUUGAUGAAUGUUGGGGCGAUAAGUUCGAGGAGUUAUAUACGCGUUAUGAAGCUGAAGGACGGUACCGCAAGGUGGUUAGGGCUCGCAAGCUUUGGGAGCACAUUGUUUCCAGUCAGAUUGAAACUGGAACUCCGUAUAUGGUGUACAAAGACGCCUGUAAUCGUAAAAGUAAUCAACAGAAUUUGGGUACUAUCAAAUGUUCAAAUCUAUGCACGGAAAUCGUUGAAUACUCCAGCAAGGAUGAGAUUGCUGUAUGUAACCUUGGCUCGAUCGCUCUGAGCCGUUUCGUUACUCCAGAGAAAAAGUUUGACUUUGACAAAUUGCAUGAGGUUGCUAAGGUAUUAACACGUAAUCUCAAUAAAAUUAUCGACAUUAAUUAUUAUCCGGUCGAAGAGGCGCGCCGUUCCAACUUCCGCCAUCGCCCAAUUGGUCUCGGAGUGCAGGGUCUUGCUGAUGCGUUCAUGCUUAUGCGGUACCCAUUCACAUCACCUGAAGCACGUGAUUUAAAUAAACGUAUCUUUGAAGUUAUGUACCAUGCUGCAUUGGAGGCUUCCUGUGAAUUGGCUGAGAAACUCGGUACUUACGAAACGUAUGAGGGAUGCCCGGUAUCGAAGGGGAUCUUGCAGUUCGACAUGUGGAAUGUCACGCCCACUGAUCAGUGUGAUUGGGACACCCUUCGUGAGAAGAUUAAGAAGCAUGGAGUACGCAAUAGUCUUCUUCUUGCGCCUAUGCCAACAGCAUCUACCGCCCAAAUUCUCGGCAACAACGAGUCCAUCGAGCCGUACACCUCCAAUAUCUAUAGUCGAAGAGUGCUUUCUGGUGAUUUCCAGAUUGUAAAUCCUCAUUUGCUAAAGGAUCUCGUCGAGUUGAACCUUUGGGAUGAGGAAAUGAAAAAUCAACUGAUUGCAAACAAUGGAUCAAUAGCGAGAAUUGCCGGUAUUCCCGACCACAUCAAACGCCUCUACCAGACUGUAUGGGAGCUGCCUCAGAAGGAUAUCAUAGAAAUGGCUGCUGAUCGCGGAGCGUUCAUAGAUCAGUCCCAGUCUUUGAAUAUUCACAUUGCUAAACCUAGCUAUGCAAAUAUUACUUCUAUGCACUUCUAUGGAUGGAAGAAGGGGCUUAAAACGGGAAUGUACUAUCUACGAACUAAACCAGCCGUCAAUGCUGUACAAUUCACCGUAGACAAGGAAGCUUUGAAAGCGAAGGAGGAGAAAGACGCAUCGAUACAGAAUGCUGCUCGUCAAGUAGCAGCCAUGACCGUUGAGGACGAAGGUUGCUUGAUGUGCUCCGGUUAA